ACACUUGGUCACGGAGAUCGCCGUGUCUGCUUCUUGUUUCCCAGCUCAGCCCGCGCUGUCCGGCGGUUCUGCAGAGCUGGUGAGCGCCCGCCCGGUCCAGGAGUACCCUGAACCCCCGCGGCGCCCCGGGUGGCCCAGCGCCUCGUCCUCCUCCCGCCGAGGUCCCCGCGCGCUGCGCUGCUCUGCGCUGCUCUGCGCUGCGCCCCAGCUCUCGGCACCGAAGCCCCGCGGCGUGGCCGAGAUCGGAUCCUUGGAUGCGGAAGGCUGCGCUCCCCCUGCGCGAGAGCCGAGACAGCGAUGGAUGCCCUCAAAAUGUGGCUAGGGGUGGCCUUAGCGCUGGCGGAAUUUGCAGUACUACCUCUUCAUUCCGAAGGUGCUUGUGUCUAUCAGGGUUCGUUGUUGGCGGAUGCCACAAUUUGGAAGCCCGAUUCAUGCCAGAACUGCCGUUGCCAUGGUGAUAUCAUCAUCUGCAAAGCUGUUGUCUGCAGAAACCCUCAGUGUACCUUUGAGAAGGGAGAAGUGCUGCAAAUAGCUGCCAACCAGUGCUGCCCGGAGUGUGUGUCAAGGACCCCUGGAUCUUGUCACCAUGAAGAGAAAAUCCACGAGCAUGGCACAGAGUGGGCCUCUCCCCCAUGUCGUGUAUGCUCCUGCACUCAUGGGGAAGUAAGAUGCACCUCUCAGCCAUGCCCACCACUGUCAUGUGGACAGCAGGAGCUGGAAUUCACCCCUGAAGGAAGCUGCUGCCCAGUCUGUGUGGGCCCUGGAAAGCCCUGUUCCCACGAAGGCCAUGUGUAUCAGGACGGGGAGGACUGGCAGCUGAGUUGCUGUGCCAAGUGCAUGUGCCAAGAUGGGGUCACCCAGUGCUUCACAGUACAGUGUCAGCCAUUGUUUUGUAACCAGGAUGAAGCCAUCAUCCGAGUCCCUGGAAAGUGUUGCCCACAGUGCUCUCCACCAUCCUGCUCUGCGGCUGGCCAUGUACACCAGCAUGGUGAGCAGUGGAACCAAGACUCCUGUACCACGUGCAUGUGUGACCGGGGCAAGAUCAGAUGUCAUAAGCAAGACUGCCCUCCCCUGAGAUGCCAGAAGGGUCAGAACAGGGUUCGGCGACCCACACAGUGCUGUGAGGAGUGUGUGUCCACUGCCGGAAGCUGUUCAUCUAAUGGGAUCAUGCAGUACCAGGAGGACAUGUGGAAAGGCUCGCCUUGUGAGUUCUGCAUGUGUCACCAUGGCCAAGUGACCUGUCAGCCUACAGAGUGUGCCAAGGUGGAGUGUGCCCAGGGUGAAGAAUUAAUUCACUUAGAUGGGAAAUGUUGUCCUGAAUGCAUUCCAAGGAGCGGCUAUUGUGUUUAUGAGGGAAAGGCAGAAUUUAUAUCCUCAAAUGCAAGUGAAAUUAAGCAUAUUCCAGAGGGGGAGAAGUGGGAAGAUGGUCCUUGCAAGGUGUGUGAAUGCCGAGGGGCACAGGUCACUUGUUACGAGCCCUCUUGCCCACCAUGUCCAGUGGCCACCCUGGCCCUGGUGGUUCCAGGACAGUGCUGCCCACACUGCACUUCAGUUCCUUGCCACCCAGACUGCUUGACCUGUUCUCAUUCUCCAGACGACUGUGACCUCUGCCAGGAUCCCACAAAGUUGCUGGAGAGUGGUCGGUGUGUGCACAGCUGUGGCCUGGGGUUUUAUCGAGCUGGCAGUCUCUGUUUAGCCUGCAAGCCACAGUGCUCCACCUGCACCAAUGGGCUUGAGUGCUCGUCCUGUCAGCCUCCCCUGCUGAUGCAGCAGGGACAAUGUGUGGUCACCUGCGGGGAUGGCUUCUACCAAGAUCACCACUCCUGUACAGCAUGUCAUUCGUCCUGUGCUGGCUGCUCAGGCUCCACCAAGAAGCACUGCUUGGCCUGCAGAGACCCCCUGCAAGUGCUGAGACGUGGCAGCUGCGAGAGCAGCUGUGGUGACGGCUUCUACAACAGGCAGGGCACCUGUGUGGCUUGUGAUCAAUCCUGUAAGAGUUGUGGUCCCAAUAGUCCCAGAUGUCUUACCUGCCCUGAGAAUAUGGUGUUAUAUGAUGGGAAAUGCAUUUCUGAGUGUCCCGGUGGAUACUAUGCUGAUGCUGCUGGCAGAUGCAAAGUUUGUCAUGACUCAUGUGCCAGCUGUGCUGGACCCACAAGCUCACACUGUACAGCCUGCAUCCACCCCCAGGCCCUACAGCAAGGUCACUGUCUGCCCAUCUGUGGAGAAGGCUUCUACACUGACCGGGGGGUCUGCACAGCUUGCCAUGCCUCCUGCCAGACUUGUGUGGGUCCUGAGCCCUCUCACUGCACCGAGUGUAAGAACCCUGAGGCAGGACUGCAGGUUGGACAGCUCUUGGGGACCUCUGUCCCCUCCGGCGAGUGUCUGUCCCAGUGCAGAGCCCAAUUUUACCUGGAGAGCACUGGGCUGUGUGAAGCUUGCCACCAGUCGUGUUUAGGGUGUGCAGGGAAGAACCCCCAUGACUGCACUGCCUGCCACCCUUCCCACAUGCUGCUGGACGGGCAGUGCCUCUCCCAGUGCCCAGAGGGCUACUUCAACCAGGAAGGGGGCUGCACAGAAUGCCACCCAACCUGUAGGCAGUGCCGUGGACCAUUGGAAUCUGACUGUACCUCCUGUCACCCUCACAUCACUCUGACCAGUGGGGGCUGCAAGACCAGCUGCAAGGAGGAACAGUUCCUCAACCUCGUGGGGUACUGCAUGGACUGCCACCCCCUGUGCCAGCACUGUGCAGCUGAUCUCCAGGACACCAAGAGCGUCUGCCUGAGGUGCCAGAAUGCCCGCCACCUGCUGCUGGGUGACCACUGUGUUCCCCACUGCCCUUCUGGAUACUACACAGAGAGGGGCACUUGUAAAAGAUGCCACUCCUCCUGCAGGACCUGCCAGGCUGGAGGACCUUUCUCCUGUUCUUCCUGCAACACCAGCCUCGUUCUUACCCACAUGGGUACCUGCAGCAUCUCCUGCUUCCCUGGACACUACCUGGAUGACAGUCGUGCUUGCCAGCCAUGCGACACACAUUGUCGGAGCUGUGCUUCACUUUCCAGCUGUACAUCCUGCCAAGAUCCAAACAAGGUGCUGCUUUUUGGGGAAUGCCACUAUGAGAGCUGUGCCCCACAGUACUAUCUUGACAUCUCCACCAAAACGUGCAGAGAGUGUGAUUGGAGUUGCAAUGUGUGCAGCGGGCCUCUAAGAACAGAUUGCCUGCAGUGCAUGGAUGGCUAUGUUCUCCAGGAUGGCACCUGCAUAGAGCAGUGCUCACCAUCGUUCUACCUCAACUCAGGCCUCUGCAAGAGCUGUGACAGCCACUGUCUCCAGUGCCAAGGUCCCUAUCAGUGCACCCGCUGUGAAGGGCCAUUUCUCCUCUUGGAAGCCCAGUGUGUCCAGGAAUGUGGGAAGGGGUAUUUUUCAGAUCAUGCAAAGCACAAAUGCACAGCCUGCCCUCAGGGUUGCUUGCAGUGCAGCUCCAGGGAUUGGUGUCAUCUCUGUGACUAUGGGUUCUUUCUGAGGAGCGGCCUCUGUGUUGCCAGCUGUGUUCCUGGCUUCUCUGCCCAUUCCUCUAAUGAAACAUGUGCUGGCAAAAUACACACUCCCAGUCUUCAUGUGAAUGGUUCCUUGAUUCUAGCUAUUGGCUCAGUGAAGCCACUGGAUUUUUCCCUCCUGAACAUCCAACCCCAGGACGGCACAGUGGAAGACCUCCUGUUCCACAUUGUGAGCACUCCCACCAACGGUCAGCUGGUGCUCUCAAGAAAUGGAAAAGAGGAUCAGCUGGAUAAGGCUGGCCAUUUUAGCUGGAAAGAUGUGAACCAGAAGAGAGUACGUUUUGUGCACAGCAAAGAAAAACUCAGCAAAGGUUACUUUUCCUUGAAAAUUAGUGACCACCAGUUCUUCUCUGAACCACAGCUGAUCAACAUACAAGCAUUUUCAACACAGAUCCCGUAUGUGCUGAGAAAUGAGGGUCUCCACAUUAGCCGAGGAGAGCGGGGAACCAUCACCACCCAACUGCUUGACAUCCGAGAUGAUGACAAUCCACAGGAUGUGGUAGUGGAAGUGCUUGAUCCUCCACACCAUGGCCAGUUACUCCAAACACAUCAGUCCCCUGCAGCCUCCAUCUCUCAGUUCCGGCUGGAUGAACUCUCCAGAGGCCUUCUCCUCUAUGUUCACGAUGGCUCCAAUAGCACAGCCGAUGUCACAGUCUUCCAGGCCAGUGAUGGACACUCCUUCCGAAAUAUACUGUUCCAUGUGACAGUUGGGCCCAAGAAUGAUGGAGCUCUUCAGCUUGUGGCUAAUUCGAUGGUGUGGGUUCCGGAAGGAGGCAUGCUGCAGAUCACUAAUAAAAUCUUACAGGCUGAGGCUCCAGGUGCCAGCCCAGACGAUAUUGUCUACAAGAUUAUAGAAGGCCACCCCCAAUUUGGGGAGGUGGUCCUUCUGGUGAGCCUGCCAGCAGACAGUCCUGGGGAUGAAGGGCAGCACCUGCCAGAUGGGAGGACAGCAACCCUGACCAGCUCCUUCACCCAGCAGGAUGUCAAUGAUGGCAUCGUGUGGUACAGACAUUCGGGGGCCCUGGCCCAGAGCGACUCCUUCCGCUUCCAGGUGUCCAGAGCCACCGACACUCAGACCCACCUGGAGAGCCGUGUAUUCAACAUUGCGAUCUUACCACAGACCCCUGAGGCACCUAAACGCUCUCUGGGAACAUCUCUCCAUAUGACCGCUCGGGAAGAUGGUCUGACAGUCAUUCAGCCUCAUUCCCUGUCUUUUGUGCACACUGAGAAGCCCAAUGGGAAGAUUAUAUACAAUAUCACUCUACCUCUGCACCCAAAUCAAGGUGUCAUCGAGCACAGGGACCGGCCUCUCUCUCCCAUCCGGUAUUUCACACAGGAAGACAUUAACCAGGGCAAAGUCCUGUACCGGCCUCCCUCAGCAGCACCGCAUCUCCAAGAGAUCAUGGCCUUCUCCUUUGCUGAUCUCCCAGAAUCCGUGAGAUUCUACUUCACAGUUUCUGAUGGAGAGCACACAAGUCCAGAGAUGGCCCUCACCAUUCACUUACUUCCCAACAACCAGCAACCACCAGCGCUCCAGGUCAUGGCUCCCCUGCUUGAGGUCAGCCCAGGAGGCCGUGCUUCUCUCGGCCUUCAGGUGGUAGUAAGGGACACCCAAACAGUCCCUGAAGAACUCUCCUUUGAGCUUCGGAAACCUCCACUGCAUGGUGUGCUCCUCAAGGACACAGCUCGCUUCCAAAGGCCCAUGGUUGCAGGUGACACUUUCACAUAUGAUGAUGUUGAGAAAAAUGCUUUGCAGUAUGUACACGAUGGUUCCUCUGCCUGGGAAGACAGCCUGGAGAUCUCAGUCACAGAUGGCCUGACAGUGACAACGUCCCAAGUAAGAGUAGAAGUGACCCUAUCAGAGGACCCAGGGCCUCGGCUGGUUGCUGGUUCCUCUCUGAGCAUGACUGUUGAGAGUCACAGCACAGCCACAAUCACCAGGUCACACCUUGCUUACAUGGAUGAUUCUUCCCCCGACCCAGAGAUCUGGAUUCAGUUAAGUUCUCUGCCCAUGUAUGGUGCUCUCUUAAGAGCGUCAGGAUCUGAGGUGGAAGAGAUUUCUGAGGUGGCCAAUUUCACAAUGGAGGACAUCAACAACAAGAACAUUAGAUAUUCAGCUGGGUUUGAGACAGACGGUCAUCUGGUUACUGACAGCUUCCGUUUCUCUGUCUCUGACAUGGACCACAACCAUCUGGAAAAUCAGAUAUUUACCAUCACCAUCACUCCGGUUGAGAAUCCACCUCCAGUCAUUGCUUUUGCUGACCUUAUCACGGUUGAUGAGGGAGGGAGAGCUCCACUUUCAUUUCACCAUUUCUUUGCUACUGAUGAUUAUGACAACCUCCAGGAAGAUGCCAUCAUUAAACUAAGUGCUCUGCCCAAAUAUGGCUGCAUUGAGAACACAGGAACAGGUGAUCGUUUUGGCCCUGGAACUACGAGCAACCCAGAGGCAUCAUUCCCUAUUCAGGAUGUCCUAGAAAACUACAUUUACUACUUUCAGAGUGUUCAUGAAAGCAUCGAGCCAACCCACGAUAUUUUUAGUUUCUAUGUGAGUGAUGGAACCAGUCGUUCGGAAAUUCACAGCAUCAAUAUCACUAUUGAGAGGAAGAACGAUGAGCCUCCCAGGAUGACCUUGCGGCCCCUCGGAGUGAAGCUGAGCUCAGCUGUGGCAAUAAGCAGUUCUUCUCUGCGCCUGCGAGACCUGGACACCCCAGAUAAUGAGCUGGUUUUUGUAUUGACAAAAAAGCCUGACCACGGUUAUCUUCUCAGGAGACUUACUGCUUCAGAUCCUCUGGAGAAUGGGACAGUUUUAGACCAGGACUCCUCCUUCACCUACCAGGAUGUCCUGGCUGGGCUGGUUGGAUACAUGCCUGGGGAUUCUGGCAUGGCAGUGGAUGACUUUCAGUUCUCACUUACUGAUGGCCUCCAUGUGGACACAGGAAGGAUGGAGAUCUACAUAGAAUUGCCCAUAAGUGACUCCCCCCGCCUGGCUAUAAACCAAGGCCUGUGGCUCUCAGCAGGGUCUGUAGCACGCAUCACAGAACAGCACUUGAGAGUAACAGACACUGACUCAGAUGACCAUCAGGUUAUGUACAUCAUGAAGGAAGAUCCUGGCGCAGGGCGCCUGCAAAUGGUCAUGCACGACAACCUGGAGCAAAUCUCUGUUCACGGCCCCAUCCAAGGCUUCACCCAGGCCGACAUCAGCCAAGGACAUGUGGAAUAUAGUCAUGGAACCGGAGAACCUGGUGGGAACUUUGCUUUUAAAUUCGAUGUGGUUGAUGUUAAAGGCAACAGGUUGAUGGACCAGUCCUUUUCCAUUGGCGUUUUGGAAGACAGAUCCCCACCGGUCAUCACCACCAAUAAAGGGCUGGUCUUGGAUGAGAACUCAGUGAAGAAAAUCACCACUUUGCAGCUGUCCGCCACGGACCGGGAUAGUGAGCCUGCAGAGCUGGUCUACAGAGUCACUGGGCAGCCCCAGCUGGGCCACCUGGAACACGCAGCAUCACCAGGUGUCCAGAUUGAUUCCUUCACUCAAGCUGACCUGACUCUGCAAAAUGUUCAUUAUGUCCAUUCCAGCAAGACUGAGAAGCAUUCUGAUGCCUUCAGCUUUGUGCUGUCAGAUGGGAUCAAUGAGGUGACUCAGACUUUCCAUAUCACCAUUUACCCUGUGGAUGAUUCCCUGCCUGUGGUGAGGAACUGGGGGAUGCGGGUACAGGAGGGCGUACAGAAGAUCAUCACAGAGUUCGAGCUCAAGGCGGUGGAUGCAGACACACAGGCGGACUCUGUCACAUUCAGAGUGGUGCAGCCCCCACGCCACGGCACAAUCGAGAGGACCAGCAGGGGGCAGCACUCCCACCUGACCACCUCCUUCACCAUGGAAGACAUCUACCAGAACCGGAUCAGCUACAGACACGAUGGCAGCAACUCCCUCAGUGACCAGUUCGCCUUCACGGUCUCUGAUGGGACAAACCCUUUCUUUAUCAUCGAGGAAGGAGGAAAAGAGAUUAUAACAGCAGCACCACAGCAGUUCCGAGUGGACAUCCUCCCAGUAGAUGACGGCACCCCUACUAUUGUCACCAACCUGGGGCUCCAAUGGCUCGAGUACAUGGAUGGCAAGGCAACCAACCUGAUCACCAAGAAGGAACUGCUGACCAUGGACCCAGACACAGAUGACCCACGGCUGGUAUAUGAGAUCACAUCGGGCCCCAAGCACGGCCAUGUGGAGAACAAGCUGCAACCAGGCCGUGCUGCUGCCUCGUUCACCCAGGAGGAUGUGAACUUGGGGCUGAUUCGUUAUGUGUUGCAUGAGGAGAAGAUCCAUGAGAUGAUGGAUAGUUUUCAGUUUCUGGUGAAAGACAGUAAACCCAAUGUGGUCAGUGGCAAUGCCUUCCAUAUCCAGUGGUCCCUCAUCAGCUUUAAAUACACCAGCUACAACGUCAGUGAGAAGGCAGGGUCGGUCAGUGUGACUGUGCAGAGGACCGGGAACCUGAACCAGUACGCCAUCGUGCUGUGUCGCACCGAGCAAGGCACUGCCAGCUCUAGCUCUGGCCCUGGGGUCAGCGUGCACCCUGGACAGCAGGACUACGUGGAGUAUGCUGGCCAGGUGCAGUUUGAUGAGCGAGAGGACACCAAAUCCUGCACCAUUGUCAUCAAUGAUGAUGAUGUGUUUGAGAAUGUUGAAAGUUUCACUGUGGAGCUCAGCAUGCCAGCAUAUGCCCUGUUAGGGGAGUUCACCCAGGCGAAGGUCAUUAUCAAUGACACUGAGGAUGAACCCACUUUAGAGUUUGAUAAGAAGACCUACCGGGUCAACGAGAGUGCUGGUUUUCUAUUUGCACCUAUUGAAAGAAAAGGAGAUUCAAGCAGCAUUGUAUCUUCAGUUUGCUACACGGUCCCUAAAUCAGCUAUGGGAAGUAGCCUAUAUGCUCUAGAGUCAGGCUCUGAUUUUAAAUCGAGAGGGAUGUCUGCUGAGAGUCGUGUGAUAUUCGGGCCUGGGGUCACCAUGUCCACCUGUGAUGUCAUGCUUAUUGAUGACAGCGAGUAUGAAGAGGAAGAGGAGUUUGAGAUUGCCCUGGCUGAUGCUUCUGACAAUGCUCGAAUUGGAAGGGUGGCGACAGCCAGGGUACUCAUCAGUGGUCCCAAUGAUGCCUCCACUGUCUCCCUGGGCAACACGGCUUUCACUGUCAGUGAGGAUGCAGGCACAGUGAAGAUUCCAGUCAUCCGCCAUGGUACAGACCUUUCUACUUUCACAUCUGUCUGGUGUGCAACUCGGCCCUCUGACCCAGCUUCUGCUACUCCAGGAGUUGACUAUGUCCCCAGCUCUAGGAAGGUCGAAUUUGGGCCCGGUGUCACUGAGCAGUACUGCACCUUGACCAUCUUGGAUGACACUCAGUAUCCAGUCAUUGAAGGAUUGGAGACAUUUGUAGUUUUCCUCAGCUCAGCACAAGGGGCCGAACUGUCCAAACCCUCCCAGGCUGUCAUUGCAAUUAAUGACACAUUCCAAGAUGUGCCAAGCAUGCAGUUUGCCAAGGAUCUGCUCCUCAUGAAGGAGAAGGAAGGUGUCCUGCACGUUCCUAUCAUCCGCAGUGGAGACUUGAGCUAUGAGUCCUCAGUGAGGUGCUACACACAGAGCCACACCGCCCAGGUCAUGCAGGACUUUGAGGAGAGGAGAAAUGAAGACUCUUCAAGAAUUACGUUUCUGAAAGGAGAGAAGGUGAAGAACUGCACUGUCUAUGUCCAUGAUGACUCCAUGUUUGAGCCUGAGGAGCAGUUCAGGGUCCACCUUGGCCACCCUCUUGGGAACCACUGGAGUGGAGCCAGAGUUGGAAAGAAUAACAUGGCCAUCAUCACCAUAUCCAAUGAUGAGGACGCCCCUACCAUUGAGUUUGAAGAAGCUGCAUACCAAGUGCGGGAGCCCGCGGGGCUGGAUGCCAUUGCAGUUCUGAACAUCAAGGUGAUCCGAAGAGGAGAUCAGAAUAGGACUUCCAAGGUCCGCUGUAGCACACGGGAUGGGUCUGCCCAGUCUGGUGUGGAUUAUUACCCGAAGAGCCGAGUCUUGAAAUUCAGUCCUGGUAUGGACCAUAUAUAUUUUAAAGUCGAGAUCCUGUCUAAUGAAGACCGGGAAUGGCACGAAUCUUUCUCUCUAGUUCUUGGCCCUGAUGACCCAGUGGAGGCAGUUCUUGGGGAUGUGACCACUGCCACAGUGACAAUUCUAGACCAGGAGGCAGCGGGGAGUCUCAUCCUGCCAGCUCCCCCCAUUGUUGUCACUCUUGCUGACUAUGACCAUGUAGAAGAGGUUACCAAGGAAGGAGUCAAGAAAGCCCCAUCUCCAGGUUACCCUCUGGUCUGUGUCACUCCCUGUGACCCACACUUCCCCAGGUUUGCCAUCAUGAAGGAGCAUUGUGGUGAGGCUGGCAUCAACCAGACAUCUGUGCAGUUCAGCUGGGAGGUGGCCGCCCCCACUGAUGGCAAUGGUGCCCGGUCUCCCUUUGAGACUGUCACUGACAGCACACCAUUUACCAGUGUCAACCACAUGGUCCUUGAUAGCAUUUACUUCAGCCGGCGAUUUCAUGUACGCUGCGUGGCAAAGGCUGUGGAUAAGGUGGGGCAUGUGGGAACCCCCUUAAGGAGCAACAUCGUUACCAUUGGGACAGACAGUGCUAUCUGCCAUACCCCAGUGGUGGCCGGGACAUCUAGAGGCUUCCAGGCUCAAUCCUUCAUUGCAACCUUGAAAUACCUGGACGUCAAGCACAAGGAGCAUCCAAACAGGAUCCACAUUUCAGUGCAGAUCCCACACCAAGAUGGAAUGCUGCCCCUUAUCUCCACUAUGCCCCUGCACAACUUGCAUUUUCUGUUAUCUGAGUCCAUCUACAGGCACCAGCACGUCUGCUCCAAUCUUGUCACCACCCACAACCUGAGCGGCAUCUCAGCAGGGUUCCUGGAUGAUGUGGUCUAUGACAGCACUGCCCUGGGUCCUGGCUAUGACCGUCCCUUCCAAUUUGACCCCAGUGUUCGGGAGCUAAAAACCAUCCAGCUCUACAAACACCUGAACCUGAAGAGCUGCGUGUGGACCUUUGACGCCUAUUACGACAUGACCGAGCUCAUUGAUGUGUGUGGGGGCUCUGUGACUGCAGACUUCCAGGUGAGGGACUCUGCUCAGUCGUUCUUGACAGUGCACGUGCCGCUCUAUGUGUCCUACAUCUAUGUGACUGCUCCCCGCGGCUGGGCCUCCCUGGAGCACCACACAGAGAUGGAGUUCUCCUUCUUCUAUGACACAGUGCUCUGGAGGACAGGGAUCCAGACAGACAGUGUGCUCUCAGCGAGGCUUCAGAUAAUAAGAAUCUAUAUUCGAGAGGAUGGCCGGCUUGUCGUUGAAUUCAAGACCCAUGCCAAAUUCAGAGGACAGUUUGUGAUGGAGCACCACACUCUCCCCGAUGUGAAAUCUUUCAUACUGACUCCAGAUCACCUAGGAGGGAUUGAAUUUGACCUGCAGCUAUUGUGGAGUGCUCAGACAUUUGAUUCUCCAUAUCAACUCUGGAGAGCCACAAGCUCUUAUAAUAGGAAGGACUACUCGGGGGAAUACACCAUCUACCUGAUCCCGUGCACUGCGCAGCCCACCCAGUCCUGGACUGAUCCUGGAGAGAAGCCCUUGGCCUGCACCGCCCAUGCGCCAGAGAGAUUCCUGAUUCCCAUCGCGUUUCAGCAGACCAACCGUCCUGUGCCCGUGGUGUACUCACUCAAUACCGAGUUUCAGCUCUGCAACAACGAGAAGGUGUUCCUAAUGGAUCCCAACACAUCCGAUAUGUCUCUGGCGGAAAUGGAUUACAAAGGGGCCUUUUCAAAGGGUCAAAUCCUUUAUGGCCGAGUACUUUGGAAUCCAGAACAAAACCUUAAUUCUGCAUACAAACUCCAGCUGGAGAAGGUCUACCUUUGUACUGGCAAGGAUGGCUACGUGCCUUUCUUUGAUCCUACAGGGACAAUCUACAAUGAAGGGCCACAGUAUGGUUGCAUUCAGCCCAACAAACACCUGAAGCACAGGUUCCUGCUGCUGGACCGCAGUCAGCCGGAGGUCACAGAUAAAUACUUCCAUGAUGUGCCUUUCGAGGCCCACUUUGCUUCUGAGUUGCCUGAUUUCCACGUGGUCAGUAGCAUGCCAGGAGUGGACGGAUUUACUCUGAAAGUGGAUGCUCUCUAUAAGGUGGAAGCAGGACACCAGUGGUAUCUCCAGGUGAUCUACAUCAUUGGCCCUGACAGCAUCUCUGGGCCCCGGGUCCAGCGCUCUCUCACAGCCCCUCUGAGACGCCAUCAAAGGGACCUGGUAGACCCCAGUGGCCAGCUGACACUUGAUGAUUCCCUCAUCUACGACAACGAAGGGGACCAAGUAAAAAAUGGCACCAACAUGAAGUCCCUGAAUCUGGAGAUGCAAGAACCAAUCAUAGCUGCCUCUCUGUCCCAAACUGGCGCAUCUGUUGGCAGUGCGUUGGCUGCUAUCAUGCUUCUACUUCUGGUAUUUUUGGUGGCAUGUUUCAUCACCAGGAAAUGCCAGAGACAGAGGAAGAAACAGCCCACAGAGGACAUUCAGGGGGAAUACCCUCUAAAUACCAAGGUGGACAUGCCCAAGAGGAUCCCAGACAGGGUAGAGAAGAACGUGAACAGACAGUACUGCACUGUGCGGAAUGUCAACAUCCUGAGCGACACCGAGAGGGCCUAUACGUUCAAAGGUGCUAAAGUAAAAAAAGCGAAUCUGGAAGUCAGAGUCCAAAACAAUUUACAAGAUGGAACGGAAGUUUAAAUGAGGAGACCCAUGUGUUAUUUUUUUCUAAAAUCAUUUUUAUAAAAUGGGGGGAAAUACAGGUAUUUUUAUAAUCUUGCAUAUAAAAAAGGGAAAACUAAAGCUUUUAGUGGCUGACAGCACACAUCACAUGCAUCAACUCACAACUGAGCUACCUCAUAAAACAAAGAACUACUGAGACCCCCAGAGUACUGGAGUAGAUUUAUUUCCAUGGAUCACUUUAAUGGUUUCAGCAGCUCCAAAGAGCUCCUCUGUGAGGCUGAUCUUAGAAAACAAGGAUUUUAGUAUUAGAACAGGUGUUGGACAAUUAGGUUAGCAGAUAUAGUUCAGCGGACUGGAAAUGGGUCAUGGCAGAUGUCCAAGAGAGUAAGUGGAAUGCAGGGUUGUUUUCCUCUUACUCAGGCUGUUCCUGGACACCUACACAACAGAGUACAAAUUGCAGAUACCCAGAUUCCAUUAAAAAUUCUCCUAAUCAGCACAACAGAAACAUUUGCACGUUGUUCCCACUUGAUGGGCUAUGUGCCAUGGCCUCUAAGUCUUGCUUUUCUGGCUCCCUUUUCACCCAGGAAUCUCAAUGUGCUUUUUAGACUAGGGUACCUCCCUGCAAGCACAUACAAAGGGGGAGGACUGAAAGCUGGGGGAGAAGGGGUUCACCCUGACGAAGGGUGUUGCUAACAGGGUCACUGCAGCAUGGCCUCUGUCUGCCACAUACCUAAAAUAAUUAACCUCAAUUCUCUGCUGCCCCAGGAUUUCCCCAGUCCAGUAAUAGACAAGCCCAGGUUCUUUGAUGGCUGUGGGUUCUUUAAUUUGUUAGUGUUUCGGGAAAGUGAUUCGUUUAAUAAAGCAAGAGCUGACGGAGUGAAAUCAAACAUGACAGGUGCAUACUGGUCCUCCUUGCUAUACGGCACAUCACAGGGAGGCACUGCCCUGGUGCGGUAUUUGGGAGAUUUCUCUUUGAGUGGGGAGGGGGUCUUUUCUGGUAGCUCACGCACUUAUUUUUAUCAUACAAACACAUGACAAGGCCAUACAUACAUACAUGGCUCUAAAAUAAUUUAGCAUUCAAAUAUCCACUUAUCUGCUCUGUGUGUGAUGUACACACAGUUUGCCUUUGUUUCUUUUUCAUUUCUGCCUUAUUGGCAAAAACAUAUGCAUGCAUAUCAUGGUGUUUUGAACUGGAGGCACAAUUCCAUUAAUCAGGAGUAAAAGAUGUGUUCUCUUCCUGAUGCGUGGUGCACCAUCAUCACUGGGCAAAUAACAGCAUUCGCACUGUGCAACAUUUGUGUUAGAAUGACUCAAGCUCUUUGAGAACAUUUCAAGCUGGUCACACCUUGGUACUACAAGCUGGAAAGAAUGAACCUGGAAAAGUUUCAGGCGUCUCCACCACACUCCAUGCUCCUUGAGAGUAGGUGCUGUAUGAAGGGAGAGAAGGCUUGUUCUGAAGCAGUGCUUGUAUGUAACAGGCUCUCCAGAGUGUCUGUGGGGUGAACGGAUGUAUCAUGCUAUGGAUGAUAGAGUGAUAGAGGAAUGAAUUUAGAAAGAGGAGGCAAAAGACUAUGGUGGUGAUAUCACAAGCGCAAGUAGAGGAAAUGAGUUACCUCUUUUAUUUGAAGUACAAAAUAUCCUCUGAUGGGGCAGAAAAUCAUCUCUUUACACAGGUAUGACCCUAGCAGUGGUCCUCAGGAGUGAACAGAAAAGUUGUAAUAAUUUAUUAGCAGGAGCUGGGCUGGGAAUUUGUCCCCAGAAGAGGAGAUUCAGAGGACAGUCUUAUUUCACAUUCUGGGAUGAGUAAAGUGUUCAGGAGAAAAUGGACUAGAUGAGCCCAGAAAUGCCUGGCUGGUCAGGUGCUACUUCAGACCAGCUAGGGCGGCUCCAGGCAGAGCUUCUCUGGGAGCCUCGGGACACUCAGAAUUUGUUAUCUCAUGGCUGCAGUGCUGAUUCCCUGGGCACCAAAUCUCCCUAACAACCUAGAGGGUGAAUGCUAAUGCUGUCAUCUGUAGAGCAACUUUCCUUUGGCUGCAUUAAUUACCACGAGUGCCAGAGUGCUUCCACAUUAAAGCAGCACUUCCCCACUGGCUCCGGGGUUCUCCUCACAUACCCGUUCCAUUCCUGCUCAGUAGGACACAAACAUGGGAGGAGGGCAGACAGGUGGCAGAAGGAGCCUUGCAAGGGAACGGUGACUGGGACCAGGGAGUGCUCCUACAGCACCUCAUGCAGGUCUGAAAUGACCAGGCCAACAUCCAGUGAAGAGCUGGAGAUGGUGAGCUACGUGUAAGAGGAAAGACCUUGCACUACUCCUGGCCCCCUUCCUUUCUGCUCUUCACCCACUGCAUUUGCUUCACUGAAUGCCAGUACUUCUAAAGCACACACUCCCUUGUGAAAUAGAAAGUGUUAAUGAUGUGGAGCUGAGAUUUACCCUUUCGAUGUAAAAUUGUUCAUUUCUUUUAUGUUUUAUACUUCAUUUUAGGGAUCAGAUUGUUUGAUGUCAAAUGUAGAUUGUCUUUCAGUGGAAGCUCUGCUUUCAGAUUCUCUAACUUGCUCACUAAUAGUGUGUGUGUGCAUGCAUGUGUGUGUGUUACUGACUUUGGUAUCAUGCCUUCAGGUGAGAAGGACAAAAGCCCUCAGGGGUGCUACUUGCUAUCAUCCUCCGUCUGUGAAGGUUAAGAGAAAUAAUGGUUGGCACCAUUUUUCUGCCUUGCUGCCUUUUUAUUGUACCCAGGCCUCCUAGAAGAUUCCUUCGGGUGCCUGUUGUGGGAUGGGAAAUAGGGUUGGAAUGUGUUUGCACAGUCUUACGAUAUUCAGUCUCAGUCUCCUCCAGGAAUUUGUUAUUCUGGGAUACUACACACCUGCACAGACUGAGUACACUUUUAUGGUGCUGUCCACCUGAUUUCUUGAUCCUCAAAUGAUUUUUGUAUUUCCAGUAUGAAUUUAUGUGUUAUGAAUUUAUGAUUUCUCCACUAGCAUAUUCCACUAAUAAAUUUGUAUUAAUAAAUGA